UCAUUUUAAUGAAAACUCUUGGGAGAGUAAACCUUCUGGCUUUAAGUGCUAUUAGGCACUACCAUAUCUAUUGAGUCACUUGUAAAACUCUGUUGGGAUGGGAUGCUUCUUCUCUGAGUGUUACUUAAUUUUGAAGGUGUACUUAAAAGAGGCCCCAUUCUGCCUGGGGCUCUUGCACUUCUGCUUUUAUGGUUUGUUUCUCAUGCUACACACUGGGAGGAAAAGGCUCACUUCCCUAAUUACAGGCACCCUUUAACAGCUAGAAACUCUCCAGCUUGUUGAUGCUUGUCUUCUGCUUUCUCCCCAUUUCAGUUAAUCUCCUUUUACACUGCUUCUCUUUGUGUGCUUUUUUUUCCUUCCAACAUUCCAUGUUUUCCUGGACUUGUGAGGAAAGACCUGUGUUGAAUCCAAGAAAGGAAGGUGGACACCUCUGUGCAGGUCCUCGAUCCGCUGUCCAGGUAGGAGGCAGCCAUGGCCGGCAGCACACCCGACGGGGCGAGCCAAUUGCCCUUCUUUUUCGGCAACAUCACCCGGGAGGAGGCGGAAGAUUACCUGGUCCAGGGGGGCAUGACGGACGGGCUCUACCUGCUGCGCCAGAGUCGCAAUUACCUGGGCGGCUUUGCGCUGUCGGUGGCCUUCGGGAGAAAGGCGCACCACUACACCAUCGAGCGGGAGCUGAACGGCAGCUACGCCAUCGCGGGCGGCAGGACCCACGCGAGCCCCGCCGAGCUCUGCCUCUACCACUCCCAGGAGUCCGACGGCCUCGUCUGCAUCCUCAAGAAGCCUUUCAACCGGCCCUCCGGGGUGCAGCCCAAGACCGGACCCUUUGAGGACCUGAAGGAGAACCUCAUCCGGGAAUACGUGAAGCAGACGUGGAAUCUGCAGGGUCAAGCUUUGGAGCAAGCCAUUAUCAGUCAGAAGCCACAGCUGGAGAAGCUAAUCGCUACCACUGCCCAUGAGAAAAUGCCCUGGUUCCAUGGAAAAAUCUCUCGAGAGGAAUCUGAACAAAUUGUCCUAAUAGGAUCAAAGACAAAUGGAAAAUUUUUGAUCAGGGCCCGCGACAACAACGGGUCGUACGCCCUCUGUCUGCUGCACGAAGGCAAGGUGCUGCACUAUCGCAUCGAUAAAGACAAGACCGGCAAGCUCUCCAUCCCCGAAGGAAAGAAGUUCGACACACUUUGGCAGCUCGUCGAGCAUUAUUCUUAUAAGCCAGAUGGUUUGUUAAGAGUACUUACAGUUCCAUGUCAAAAAAUUGGUGCAGACAGUGGAAAUAUAAACUUUGGGCCUCGUCCACCACUUCCAAGUUCCCAUCCUGUGAGUUGGUCAGCGGGUGGAAUAUUCUCAAGAAUCAAAUCAUACUCCUUCCCAAAGCCUGGCCACAGAAAGACACCCUCUUCCCAAGGUAACCGGCCAGAGAGCUCUGUGACGUUCAACCCUUAUGAGCCAGACCGUGAAUCUUGGGAUCCAGAAAGAGGUCCCCCAAGGGAAGCCUUACCCAUGGACACUGAAGUCUAUGAAAGCCCCUAUGCAGACCCAGAGGAGAUCAGGCCCAAAGAGGUCUAUCUGGACCGAAAACUGCUCACCCUGGAAGACAACGAACUUGGCUCUGGUAACUUUGGUACCGUGAAAAAGGGUCACUACAAGAUGAAAAAAGGCGUGAAAACGGUGGCUGUGAAAAUACUGAAAAACGAGGCCAAUGACCCUGCUCUUAAAGACGAGUUGUUGGCAGAAGCGAAUGUCAUGCAGCAGCUGGAUAACCCAUACAUCGUGCGUAUGAUCGGGAUAUGUGAAGCCGAGUCCUGGAUGUUGGUCAUGGAGAUGGCAGAACUUGGUCCGCUCAAUAAAUAUUUACAGCAGAACAGGCAUGUCAAGGAUAAGAACAUAAUAGAGCUGGUUCAUCAGGUUUCCAUGGGAAUGAAAUAUCUGGAGGAGUGCAAUUUUGUGCACAGAGAUCUGGCUGCAAGAAACGUAUUGCUGGUUACUCAACAUUAUGCCAAAAUCAGUGAUUUUGGACUUUCAAAAGCACUUCGUGCAGAUGAAAACUACUAUAAGGCCCAGACUCAUGGGAAGUGGCCCGUGAAGUGGUAUGCCCCAGAGUGCAUCAAUUACUACAAGUUCUCUAGCAAGAGUGACGUCUGGAGCUUCGGCGUAUUGAUGUGGGAAGCAUUUUCCUAUGGACAGAAACCGUAUCGCGGAAUGAAAGGAAGUGAAGUCUCUGCUAUGCUAGAGAAAGGAGAAAGAAUGAGCUCUCCUCCGGGGUGUCCGAGAGAGAUGUAUGAGCUGAUGAAGCUGUGCUGGACGUAUGAGGUGGAGGACAGGCCUGGGUUCGAGGCUGUGGAGCGGCGGCUGAGGAAUUACUACUACGACGUGGUUAACUAACAGCUCUGAUGCUCGCCAGUGCCUGCCUUUGAUCAAAGGAACAAUAACAGGAAAACGUGUUAAAAGGAAUUGUUUUGGUUUGUUUUUCCAUCUCCCUCUGUCCAUUGGGAGAACAAACCUCACAUGGAACGUGGCCACGACUGUCACCCAAAGCCCAUCCCAGGCCGUGCACCCAGCAAACCCGGGCAACAGAACAUCUGUGUGCAGAAAGACGGACAGCAGGAUCAAAGGAGUGGCAGGAUCCGUUUGUUCUCCCUGGAUGUGUAGUUUGCAUGACAGGUUAUUUUUAGGAUCUGUUGUCCAGUUCUUUUUAUCUUUCCAGCUCUCAGUGUCCUGUGCUUGCACUUGAAUACGGAGCAGGCCUGGAGGGUGGGGCAUGGAGCAGUCUCACCAAAUUCAAUAUUUUCUUGAUGCCCACCCAUUCCAUUAGCAUGUGACUCGGGAAAUGGAAGAGCAGAUGGGAGAUGAAAGAAAGAAAGUUGACUCCCUCCACAGCAUGGCUCUGAUAGCCCUUGAAACUGAUCUCUGGCCACAGACAAGCUUUCUCGAGAAGAAAAAUGCUGUGAGACUCUGUUUCUAUUAAUUGUAAUCAAGUUUGACCAGGGCAGUUUCUAAGCACGUAGCUGGUUAAGAAAAAAAAAAAGAGAAAGAAAGAAAGAAUCCAGAUACUGCUUUGACUCUGUGUUAUGAGACAGAAGACAUUUCUACAUUAAAAAAAAAUGAGAAUUGUAAUAAAUUGGCUUGGCUUUCUUUCCCCCAAAAUCCCAUCACCCUCAGACCAGCUCGAAAACUAUACUUGUGUGGUAACUAGUAAAUAAAGUUCUGUAUUGGA